UGCGAAUUGGGAUUUGGCGCGAAAAUUCAACUGACAACUUAUAACGGUAUUAAGAAUCAGUACAUGUGACGUUACUAAUAUAAGUUUGUUUUCCUUAUUGCUGGGCAACGAAGAGUUAACGUACUAGAAGAAGAAAAACGAGUCUUACGCAAGCAGAACAAUGAAUAAACCCAUUUUGUAAUAAGCUUCCCGUUUUGUACUCGAACCGCGUCUUUCAAUUUCUCAAUAUAUUACUGUUGUGCCAGUACGCCGCGUUCUUACUUCAGUGGCAUUUACCGGUCCUGACAGUUGUGUUGUGUUUCAGAUCGCUCGUGCUUGCAAGUAAACGCUAGUAUCCGCCUAUCUGUGUUUUGCACACCAUUGACUGAUGUUUACAUCGUUAAUAACCAUAAUGGUAUUUUAGAAAGAGCUGAAACUGACAGGCCCGGCAGACAUUAACCGUUCCCUCCUAAACAAUUAUAUUCAAUGCUAGCUGCUUGUUUAACAAAUAAACUUGGUAUUGGUUUGAUACCAACCUUUGGUCUCCGUGCUCCUGAAUUCAUAAUCAGAAGGUAUCUACUUUCUCCCAGUCGCCCAAUUAAAUUAGAACUAAUUGGUCACCUGCAAAAGGCCUCUGAAUCUUUAUAUGAGCCUGGUCAAAUAUUCUUACACAAGAAAUUUGGUUAUCGUGGCAUUGUGCUACAGCGUUGGAAGGGAAAGCUGUUCGAUCGUAAUCUACAAUCUACGAAAUCAAUAGAAUUGACGUCUCAUGAAUCUCCAAAGGGAGAAGGAUCUGAAACAAAUGUUUACCAAGUUCUAACGGAUCAAAGCGACACUGAAAUUUGUAAUUCUGCUUUAAAACAUGGUAUUACUUUUUUACCUGAUGAUAAACGAGCAUUUAAUGCCAUAUAUAUCGUGUCAGAAAUGGACUAUGUUUUCCAUGAUGAUAUCAUACCUUACGUUCCGCAGGAUGUUUCGCCAAUUAAAAAUCAAUAUUUUAGUGAAUUCUUGCUUUCUACUCCAGACAAAGAUCCACCAUUUAUUCCAACCGAUCAUUUAAGACGCUGGAUUGAGGCGCGAAAGCAAAGUCUAGAAGUUACAUCGAUACAUCGCGAAGUGACCGAAGGUAUUCAAACGACAGUAAUGCCUUUUUACAUGGGCCGUCGAGUAACAGAGGAUAGAAAAGAAAAUGAUGUACGCUACUGGCGCUAUUUAAUCCGAUUAGAAAACCUCAUGAUGGACCGCGUUCAACUUCGUGAGCGCUUUUUGAAAAUUUUCUCAAUAUCCGGAAACCUUGAGUCAAUCGGAGGAAAAGGAGUUGUAGGGAUGCAACCUGUUCUUUCUCCAGAAUGUCCAGUUUUUCAGUAUCACAGCCAUAUCCACUUCCCCGUGGAGUGGGCCCACAUGUGGGGAACGUUUCGGUUUGAAAAACACAAUGGUACUAGUUUAGAUGUUAAAAUACCAUCUUUCCCGCUGUAUGAUCCCACGUCUUAUUCAAACUCGAGUAACGAAAACCUUGGUUAAUUAUCCACAAUGAUCUUCGUACGAGCCCGGUUACCUGAUUUUGACACUCUAAAGACAAUUGUAUGCCUGUUUAAACGACUGCAGCACACACCAAAAAAUUGUAAACAUAAUAAAUAAAAAGUCUAGAUUUCUAUCGAAAUCCCAUUUAUUUAUACUUCACAAAAUGAUUUGCUUCGCAAUAAGAAAAUGCACAUCUAUUCACUCAUGAAAGAUCUUGCAUAACUUUGAAACCAAGAAGUUAUUUUUAAGAUUUGCAAGGUAACACUAUAAGGAAGAAAAUAUCUCAAAAUAAACAG